GCCCCGCCCCCCGCCCCAUUUGGAAAGUUCUGGCUGUGCAGCCCGCCGCCCGCAGGUGUUGGCCGCUGACCCCCGACCAUGCCGGCUGACCUGAGUGGCACCUGGAACCUGCUCAGCAGCGACAACUUCGAGGGCUACAUGCUGGCCCUAGGUAUUGACUUUGCCACUCGUAAGAUAGCCAAAUUGCUAAAGCCACAGAAAGUGAUCGAACAAAAUGGGGAUUCCUUUGCCAUCCACACAUACAGUAGCCUAAGGAACUACCUCGUUAAAUUCAAAGUGGGAGAAGAAUUUGAUGAAGAUAACAAAGGACUGGAUAACAGAAAAUGCAAGAGCUUGGUUACCUGGGAUCAUGACAGACUCACUUGUGUACAGAAUGGGGAGAAGAAGAACAGAGGUUGGACCCACUGGAUCGAAGGAGACAAGCUCCACCUGGAAAUGUUCUGUGAAGGUCAAGUGUGUAAACAGACUUUCCAGAGAGCCUGACCAUACCCAGCAGCAGGGCCCACCUUCAGCUGCAGCUCAAUGGCGAGUGACAUUGCAGAAUGAACCUCGUUCACCUGUCCUGGCGUGGUGAUGGGGACUUGUGACUGGAGAGACAUCAUGCAGCCUAUACACCAGAAGCCAUUUGGAUUGUGGGAAAGCUGCACAGCUUCAAUAAACCUCUCCAAGCGAC